AUGGGAUUUAUGCCAUUCAUCCCGCGCAUAAAGUCGGGUAGAUUACUGUACAGUAAUCUACCCGAUUUUAUGCGCGGGAUGAAUGGUAUAAAUCAAUUAAUAUAUGUGGUCAUACCGCUAAAUAGUGAGGCUCCGUAUGUCCGAUACUAA